CAAUCUCAACUACACUGAAGAGCGGAGCUGACUUCCACCAUCCACCAGGAAAAAAAGAAGAGGGGGAAAAAAGUAUGGUCAACGUUUCACAACACGGCAACUUUCCUUACAAAAAAGCGGCGUUUCGGCCUAUCUGAAGAAUAGUAGGUGGGUGUUGAAAGGUUUACUAGUGUGGAUAAACCGACGACAUGGAGCCGCGAGAGGAGUCAUCCCCAGCGUUGGCUUUCGAAAAGGACGCGUUCCAGCUCACGGCUGAGGAUGUGUACGACAUUUCCUACGUGAUUGGCAGAGAUUUGCUGAAAAUAACAAACACGGGAGAAGAAGUGUCGGAUUUACAGUUCAGAAUCGUCCGGGUUCUGGAAAUGUUUGAGACUUUGGUCAACAAGUACAACUUGUCACUUGAGGAGCUGAAAAUGGAGAGGGACAACUUGAAGAGUGAACUCGGCAGGAUCGUCCGGGAAACUUCCAGAGGGCAGGGCACCCAAACUGUUGGGCCAAACCAGCUAGUAGUGGACCUGCAAGACCCCAACAGACCACGUUUUACCAUGCAAGAACUGAAAGAGGUUCUUCAAGAGAGGAACCAGUUGAAGGCUCAGCUCAUGGUAGCGCAAGAGGAGCUUCAGCUAUACAAGAGUGGGGUUCUGCCAAAGGCUGAACCACCCAUGGUAGAGGUAGACCUUGAUUCACCACUCACAGCAUAUGCAAUCCCUACUACGAAAGAUGAUACAAAAGAGGAGCCAAAAGAAGAGAAAACAACUAUCAGCAAACUGUUUUCAUUCAGCUGGAAACGAGAAUAACCUAUGAUGACCAGCCAAGUUAUUAACACCGAAGCCAAACAGGAUUUGUAUUGAUUUUUCUUUUCAGUCUAUUGUUUAUAAGUUACACACACACACACACACACAUAUAUAUAUUUAUAUAUAUAUAUAUGUAUAAUUACAUUGAACAUUUUCACAAUAUGUAACAUUAGACUAUGUUUUGUAAUUUUAGCUGACAAAGGUCAGCUAUGUAUUACGAGGUGUGAUAAGAAAUGUCUGACACAGACUGUAAAGUGUUAUCUAACAAGUAUUUAAAUUAUGAUGUUACAUCAACUCACAAGUUUUGGAAUAAACAAAUCUUC